GUGAUGGAUGCUGGCACAUAUAACAGCACUCUGAGAGUUAUACGGUCUUAUUUACUUACUGCUCUCAGAACUCACCGUAAGGAUGCACGAAGAAACGAGCAGUUCUGCACUGCAGGGGAAAACUUCCUUCUCUAUCGCAGACAUUUUGGAUCCCGCCAAAUUCAACGGGACUAGAGAAACGCGGGAAAUCUCCAAUAACAAAGAAUCACUGAAGAUGACUUCUCCAACUCCAGACCCAUCGGGUUCAAACAUCGCUAAUGCUUCUGUUCCAAAAGCAAAGUCGAAGCGCAUCCGCACUGCAUUCACACUGGAUCAGCUGCGCAUACUGGAGCGAAGCUUUCAGAGCAGCCGCUAUCUGUCAGUGUUCGAGCGCCACUGCAUCGCUGCAGCCCUUGGCCUCUCAGAAACGCAGGUCAAGAUUUGGUUUCAGAACCGACGCACCAAAUGGAAGAAGGAGCUGGACGGUCAUGGAGGAGAUGAGCAGAGCCACUGCGCACCCGCAGCACUCACACAACACUCCUUCAUGUACGCUCUGCCUGGACAUCACGCUAAUCAUCAUGUGCAUUAUUACCCACAACAAACACAUUACCUGAAUACAUCUUUCCAUCCUCAGACGCUUAUGAUGUUCUGA